AUGCGGAUGGUGAUAAUGUUUAGGAUUGCUACUGUUUGGACCGAGAUUGUGCGGUUUGACCUUCAGAGCAAGGAAGUUGUGCUACUCAUAGUGGACGAGCAUUCUGAAACAGGGAUUAGGACUACUAACAAAGCUACUACUCCCGCUGCUGGGCAAUCUGCAUUUGACCGUCAUAGGCCACCUACAUAUGAUGGCGCAGCUGACCCUGUGUCUCUGGAAGAUUGGUUAACGGAAAUGGAGAAACUCUUUACAACAACUAAUUGUCCCAUUGCUGAGAUGGUACCUAUUGGGACGUACUACUUGAAGAAAGAGGUUGAUAACUUGUGGGGUACGUUCUCCGCCAAGCUGAAGGACAGGUUCUACCCUGAGGAAUUGCGUUGGCAGAAACAUGAAGAGUUCUUAUCUUUGACUCAGGGGAACAUGAAUAUCCAAAAGUAUACCGACCGCUUUACUGAGCUGUCUAAGUUUGCCAGUACUGGCAUUCCCACGGAAGCCGAUAGAGUUAAGAGGUGCAUAAAGAAGAUGGAUCCUAGGGUAAGGACCCUUGUGCUAUGUUCGGGAGUUACUACUUUCCAGGGUGCUUAUGAAAUGGCCCUGAGUGUCCAUGCUUCAAUAAAGGAGGAAGAAACUGCUAAGGCCGCAUCUGUGAGGAAGCAUGUCCCUUCUUUUGCUCCUGGUCUGGCUAAGAAGCCGAGGUUUGAACCAAAUUUCCAUGGUGGUUAUCAAGGUUCCAGUAAUAGGCCGAGUUUUGAUCCGUCCAAGUGUCAGAGGUGUGAGAAGCCUAAUCAUCCGGGAAAAGACUAUGAUGGAUCUACCAUUGUUUGCUUCUACUGCAAGGAGGUGGGUCACAAGACUUAUGAGUUCCUUAAGAAUCCAAGAGCUACAGCCAAACCUCCUGCUCCUCCUAGUCAUUCUGCUCCACCGAAGAAUCGAGUUUAUAGCAUGACUCAUUCUGACGCCGAUGUCCACCCCGACGUCAUCUCUGGUACCUUUCUUGUUAAUUCUGUUCUUGCUUUCGUGUUUUGGUGCUUCAGUGUCGUGGUGUCUAACUCAUUUGUUAAGAAGGCUAACCUGUCUUCGAGUUCUCCUCUUCGAACUCUUAUAUCUCUUCAUUCUGAAAGGGGAACAAGUGUUCCUUUGUAUGGUCAAAUAUUGACUCAAGAAGUGAAGUUAGAGGAUAUCCCCGUUGUCCGUGAGUAUCCGGACGUAUUCCCUGAUGAGUUACAAUUGCAAGAACUGCUUGAUAAGGGAUUCAUUAGGUCAAGUGUCUCACCGUGGGGUGCUCCUGUUCUGUUCGUUAGGAAGAAAGAUGGGAGUAUGCAGCUUUUUAUUGAUUACCAUGAACUGAACAAGGUGACUAUCAAGAAUAGAUAUCCCUUGCCCCGCAUUGAGGAUCUGUUUGAUCAGCUGAAGGGUGCUGGAGUUUUCUCUAAGAUAGAUUUGAGGUCGGGUUAUCAUCAGAUUCCGGUGAAGAAGGAAGAUAUUCCUAAGACCGCUUUCCGUACAAGAUAUGGGCAUUAUGAGUUCGUUGUUAUGCCAUUUGGUCUUACAAAUGCCCCUGUAGUAUUCAUGGACCAAAUGAACCGCUCUUUUCAUGAGUUCUUGGAUACGUGUUUGGUUGUCUUCAUUGAUGAUAUCCUUGUGUACUCUAAGAAUGAAGUAGAGCAUGAGAAGCAUCUAAGGUUGAUCUUAGAUAUUUUGAGGAAACAUAAGUGGUUUGCAAAGUUCUCCAAGUGUGAGAUCUGGCUUAAGGAGGUGUUGUUUCUAGGCCAUGUCAUCACCAAAGAUGGUAUUAUGGUAGGCCUUUCCAAUAUUAAAGCUGUUGUGGAUUGGGAAAGCCCUAAGAAUGUUUUUGAGAUCCGAAGUUUCCUAGGUCUUGCUGGUUACUAUCGAAGGUUUGUUAAGGAUUUCUCCAAGAUAGCCCAGUCGUUGACCAAAUUAAUGAGAAAGGAGAGCAUGUUUUUGUGGUCCGAAGGGUGCGAAAAGGCAUUCCAAGAGUUGAAGAAGUGCCUCACUAUUGCUCCACUUCUGACCUUGCCUACUGAAGGGGUUGGGUUUGAAGUUUAUAGUGACGCCUUGAAGCACGGGUUGGGUUGCGUCCUUAUGCAACAAGGGAAGGUUGUGGCUUACGCCUCUAGAUAG